GGAAGUGAUUGCUCUGAAUGCGGUUGGGAGAAACACAUAACACGUCGAUUCUCCGAAUCAGGGCGUUUCGCCGUGUAAGGUCGUGCUGAACUUCACUGUGAUUUAAGCCCAAAAUAAAUAAAUAAACAAAGACACUUUAAAUGGCCUUAAACGCGUGCUGUCGCCUGACGAGGUGUGUUUUACGGGUUGUAGAAAACAGAAAUGGAGCUGUGAGAGCGCUAGCCUCGCGCUGUUUAUAUCAGCAUGUCGGGGUGAGGACGGACCUUUGGACGCGUAGGUUCUCUUCAGCUGAUCAGCCCGCGGUGUCAGUGACGUAUGAGCAGGUGAAGAAGCUGCUUGUGGUCAGGACGGGUGUGGUGAUAGACGUGAGAGAGCCGUGGGAGCUCCGGGAAUACGGCAGUAUACCAGGCUCCAUUAACGUGCCACUGGGUCAGCUGAGUGCAGCUCUGCAGCUGAAGCCGGAGGAGUUUAAGGAGAAAUAUGGAGGUGAAAUGCCUUCGAAUGGUGAGAGCCUGGUCUUUACCUGUCUGGCAGGUGUGAGGAGUCAGAAAGCUCUGGAAGCAGCUCAGUCUUUAGGAUACUCCAAUGUACAGCAUUAUCCAGGAGGAUGGCAGGACUGGGCUAAACAUGAAAUACUGCAGGCUAAAGUGUGAUCCGUCACGAUGCUGUAAAACUGUGAAUAAUAAACCAUAAUAACUCCAUGUCCGUAAUAAAGGACAAACCCGUCAACAAGCUGCGGCGACCGUGCUGAUCAUUUGUUUGUUUUACCAAAUAUAAAGGAAUGAAUGUUGAAACUGUACAAAAACUUUACAUGUACACACUUUUUAUUCUACAAGCAUCUGUAUUUAUUUUCCCACAAUUUUAGGCUGCGUCCCAAACGCUAGUGGUUCAUUACAGAGUUUUAGGAGAGUUCGUGAGAGAAUCUGGCGUUUGGGACGCAGCCUUUAUUAUUAAUUGAGAGUUUUAUGUGUUAGUGUGGAAUUAUAAGGCUCAUAUUCUGGUAACAGAAUGCUGUACUGUACUAAAGCCUGUCUUCAUCUGCCUUAAAUCUGGUUGUACAUUUGAUUGUCUGAGAUAAAUAAAAUAAACGACUUGAAGUGA